AUGGGACGCAAGGCCGAGGUGCAGCGCAUGCUGCUCGAGCGGCUCAUGGGGCCCGAGGCGUUUGGCAGCGCUACGGCCACGCUCCACUUCACCGAUCCAAAGGUCUGCCGCAACUUUCUCUGCGGCACCUGCCCGCACGACCUCUUUAGCAACACAAAAGUCGACCUCGGGGUGUGCCCCAAGUCACACACGCCAAAGUACAAGGACGAGUACCAGGCGGCGCUGCUCAAGGGCGAGCGCUUCCCGCAGUUUGAAAAGGAGCACGAACAGAACAUCUUUUCCUUCAUCUCGGACAUCGACCGCAAGAUCAACGCCAACAAGCGCAGGCUCGAGCAGACGCCCGAGGAGAUCGCACGCUUCGCCAACAUGAACCGCGAGAUCAGCGAGAUCGAGGCCGCACUCGCCGCCGCCAUGGCAGAGGUCGAGAGCCUCGGAGAGCAGGGCAUGAUUGACGAAUCGCUCGCCGAGCUGCAGAAGGCAGAGGCGCUCAAGGAGGAAAAGGCGGCAAAGGAACGGGAGCUCCACCAGCUCCAGGAGAACAGCGGCGCCAGUGGACAUCAGAAGUUGCGCGUCUGCGACAUCUGCGGUGCCUACCUCAGUAUCCUCGACUCGGACAGGCGCCUGGCCGACCACUUCGGAGGAAAGAUGCACCUGGGCUACCUCAGAUUGCGAGAAAUGAUCCGCGAGUUUGAAGACAGGAGGCGCGAUCCCAACGCACCACCGAUGGGCGCACCCGCCAAGAUGCUCAACGGCACCAAGGCCUCGGCGUCCUCGACGACAGCGCCGAUGGACCUCAGCAACGGUGGGCCGCUGGAGGAGGGCGAGACGAGGCCAGAUCGCCAGCACGACAUCGACCAGGAGCGGUACAAGCGCGACGAGCAGAGGCGCGAGAGCCGCCUGUCGAGGGACGACCAUCUCGAUGGCAGGCGAGACGACGAAGGGCGGAAACGGGGCAUCGCCUCCGUGUCUUAG